AUGGAACAUCUCGAGUCCGAUUUUGCACCUAUAAGAAAGUCGCAAAAGGUUGUAGACAGCGACAAAAUCGUCAGGGCAAUAAACGAUGACCUGGAGCAAAAAAAUUUCACGAUUUUGCAAAAAUUAAGUCUGGUACCAAUUAAAGAGAGCUUGAAAGGCACAAAGGUUUCCAAGCCAAGGUCAGUUAAGAGGCAGGUGGAUCGUACUGUCUACCGGGACUUUAAAUCGAAGGCUUUGGACGAAUUGAGCGCCAAUUAUUCCUCAGUCGGUUAUAUUCCAGGUUUGGAUAGUUUCCUGACGAAUGAUCUUGGAGAAAUGAGAGAUCACGUUGUUUUUUUUAAUCAGAUUAAAAAUAUACAUCAAUAUGCCGGCAUUGAUCGUGAAGUUUCUGGAAUACUGUCAUCAAUCGGUUCGAACGUCGUGAUUGUUGAGAUGAACGACUAUUUAACCAAAGGAAUCUUUCCGUUAGAUAAAUUGAAAGCCUACAUCAGGACGAACGGAAAGCGUCAAUUUAAAGCUCAUUUCGACUUCAAAAUCAAUGGUAACACCCUCGAUGACACUUUUGACCUUAUGAUGAUACUACUGAGAAAAAUAGGCCAAAAUCUGGACAUAGGCCACAUUGUUUACUUCAGAUUUGAACAAUUAGAUGAAUCAUCUCCUUCAAAUACGAUAAUUCCUUCGAAGCUUAUGGAAUUCAUAAAAAUAUUAUCAUCACUUCAAAAAAUUGAGAAUAUUGCGUUCAAGUUUCUAUUUUAUUCGAAUAACAGCAGCGUUUCAUCUCUCUUGUCUACUGCUCUCAAAAAAAACCUUAGUACAAAACCUAUCAUAUUUCAAUGUCCCGUUUUAACUCCUACCCAAGUACAAGAACAUUUGAAAAAAAUGAUUAAGUUCACUUCUUAUCCAAAAAACGAGUUACAGCAGUCGUACAAUUUAUUCAUCAUAGGCCAAUUAAAUACUAAAAAUUCCAAUUUGGCAAAGUUCCUUGAGUUUUUAAAAAAUUUCCCGCAUCCUUUUACUUAUUUAUUUGGUGUUUUCACCGAAAUCCUGGUACAAAGUAAAACUUUUGAUGAACUACUAGACAUGAUCACUAAUAGACUGACAACAAGAAAUUACCCACAUCGUUCUUAUAACUUUAAGAAAAACCAGCGCCUUCCACUUAAGGUGACUCGAGACGUGCAUCAAACAUAA